AGCUCCCAUGUGUUCUCUCAGUCAUGCUACCCGGGUAUGGAUUCUUCCCUCUCCCUGACUUCCAGCCUCACCUACACGCCUUCCGUUUCCGAGGAAAGAGCCCCAGCAUGUGGAUCCCGGUCUCAGGCGAGUCCCAGGCUUUGAGCGAGGCCCAGGACGACAGGCCUCUCCUGCGGCAGUGCCACCACAAGCACAUCGCUGUGUGUCAGCAGGAGACUCUGACCUUCAUCGAGCUGCAGCCGCCUGUGACCCCCAUCGUCAAAGGCUGGGGCUCCCCUACUGCAGACACCCAGCGCUUCAGCCCGUUGUCUCUGAAUCAUCGCAAACACACGAGUGAAGCACAAAUUGGCAGUGGGAGAAGUAACCCUGAUCGUUACACUAUUACUGAUACAGACCUGAGUUUAGACUCUCAGGCGCUAGGGGGCGAGGUUGAGCUGGUUAUCCAGGAAGAUAGCAGGACUGACCCUCCAGUACAGGAGCAGUGUGAGAGACCCAUGGCAGUGUCAUCUGUGUUUCUUCCCCUCCACGCAGCCCUCAGCCUGCCCCUGUCCUUUCCUCUGUCCUCCAUGUACAGGGACACAGACUCCUGGGACUCUCAGCCACCUGGCUCUCCAUCCUCUCCUGAGCCUCCGUGGCUGCAGAAGCCAGAUACCUGUCGACCACAGAGGAGGUCGUCACAGAGCUCCCUCAAGGAAAAAUCCAUCCGUAAGUACAGUAUCUAUCCAUUCCACAUCUUCAACUCUCUGUUAGUGCUCAUCAUGAGAAUGUUUUAUUCCCCCUUCAUUUUAUCCCCCCUACCUAUUUUUAUCUGUGGGACUUCAAAAUCACACUUAAAAUCUUACUUUAGAAAUAUUUUGCACAAGGCCAUAUCCAAUAUGAUUGGACUGUAGUUCGGAGAGACAUUUACACCUGAGUGUUGUUUGUGUUGUGUCCCAGGGCGUAAGAUGCGAGUGUACUCACCAGACAGCCUGAGCGACGAAUCUCUGGCCAGCCCCGUUCUGGAAGGCGACUACCUCUUCCCAGGACCCUUCGACUCCUUCCUGGAGGAGGACCUCGGGGGAGACCCUGAAGACGCCACGAGUCCCUCAUCAACAGGGGUUGCCGUAGACCCCCAAACCCCCAACCCCCCAAAGACUCCACCUCUGUCUGCAGAGCCACUACAGUUGUCAGAGGACUCCUCUGUCUUGAACUGUGAGGCUGUACAGAAUUCCUCGGCCACCAGGGGGAGCUCUUUAGUCUGCUCUCGCAUGGCGGAACACGAGCGGCGGCGCUUCUCUGCCUCUGAGCUGAUCUCACGGCUGCAGCUGUCCCAGAGGAAGAACUCGUUCACGUUAAAGCUGGGCAAGUCGCUGUCGGCUCGUGUGGCUUCCCGUGACAGGCAGACCUCCAGCAACCUCAGCUCUGACUGUAAGUGUCCCGCCUCAGGGUUGAGCACCACUGCAGUGGGAUGUGUUAGACACAAGGCUUCUGACAGCAUUGCAUGUCUCAUAACAACAUUAACAGCCAAAAAUGCUAAUAAAUAAUUUAGCAAUUUGAGGCAACUUUGAGGCAACAUUCUAUGGUGGUUGUGUGUCUGCUAGUUUCCUCCACCUCCAUCUAGAGGUCUUCACGGGUCCACCUGACCCGAUAUGCAUAAACUAAUUUGAAGAAAAAAAACAAGACCCAUUCCAAAUGGACCCGAGGACAGUCAGACCCAAAAAGGACAGUGGAAAACAGACCCAAACAGACCCAUGCUGGUUCGGAUCCGAGAGACCCAUUCAGAUCAGAGAGUAGAAAGAGCGAGAGAAAGAAACCUUCAACUGGGCGCUGCAAGCGCCAUCAAUAAACAAGCGAUAUUGGCCAAAUGAUCCACAGUUACCUGUACUUAAAAACUGCCAAUAACAUCGACAUGCAUUUCUUCAUACUUGUCAGGUAGGUUACUACUGCUAUACAGAUGUAGGCGUACAGAAGGAGGCUAAAAGUAUGAAAAAAUUAAAUAAUGUAUGCACUCACUAACUGUAAGUCGCUCUGGAUAAGAGCAUCUGCUAAAUGACUAAAAUGUAAAUGUAAAAUGUAAUUCGUAAAUUUCCUAUCAAAAUAAUUUUUUUAAGAUAAGCAUUAUAUUGUUAGAUUAAAAGAGUAACUCUGGUAGGCCUAAAACCUUCUUCCUCACCUCAGGUUGAACUGUGGGAGUCAGUUGGAGUGCCGGUGCGCACUGCCUUCAUAGGCCUGCAGUAGCUAAGCCUAAUAAUAGCCAUACCACUCCAAACCUUUACAGAAGUUGCUUAACUUUAUUAGGGUAAUAUCAAAAGUAAGUCAAGUCAUUGUUUUGCAUCUUGCCCUCUUUGGUUUUUCCAUUUCAUGGUUUGAGUGCGAGUAGCAUAGUAGGCCUACCGGUAAAAAAAAAAAAAAAAUAGGCCUACCGGUCAUUCUAUUAUAUUGCAGCAAACACAACGUUACAGCUGGAACUUAAUUUGUCCAACAAAAAUGGCUUAUAUUGCAGCUAUUACCAACAAAGGCGAUUGUCUACCAUACGCCUACCCAACAAAUGACAGUAAUAGGCUAAUGCUAUUUAUUUUAUAACAGGCCUAUAAUAAUAAUUAUUAUUAUUAAUGACUAAACAUUUGAUAAUAAAUACGAAAUAAAUAAACGAAGGGUAGAAAAUUGCAUCAAACCUGAAGAGCGAGUUGCAGACAGUCCAUUUGGCCGCGCCAACAUUCUUCUCAUCUUUGUCCACUACAAUAUUAAAACUUGUCCCUGAGGACAUUCCCCUCGUCGGCUUCUCUUCACUAUACUCUUUGUCCUCUAACUUUUGCUUUUCUUCAAUGAAAGAGAAUCCAUCUUUGCAAUCAACAGUAGCCUAGGCCAAGCCUCUGUUUACUCUCUCUCUCCUCUCUCUCUCUCUCUCUCUCUCUCUCUCUCUCUCUCUCUCUCUCUCUCUCUCUGUCUCUCUCUCUCUCCUCAGCAGCAGGCACACGUGAUGUGAGCAGCUGGAACCAGUUUCAGCAGGACAUAAGCUAUACGUUUUCUUGAGUUGCAAUUGGCUGACACAGAUAACAAGCUCGCGCAGUUCUCAUCACACAAACAGUUAAUUAACAGAGGACAGGUCCAAUUGGGUCCAGUCGGUAAAUCAAUUUUAAUUGCACAUGCCUGAGACCCAUGGCAAUUAUAUCAGACCCACUCAGAUCCGAGACAAAAGUCAAAAUGUAGGACCCGCUCGGGUCCUGGGUUGGAUAUCUGAAUUUUGGGUCUGUUGGACUCAUGAAGACCUCUACCUCUAUCUACCUUCUUCUUCUCCAGAUAAAUCCACUUCCAGGUACCGUGGCUCAGGUGGUUCCAGUCACAGCGCCCCCCACAGUCCUGUAGGACCUGUACCGCCACAGCCCUCUGCUGACAAUAACAUGCAACAACAUCGACGGAGCACCGGAUUCACAAUCAAAAAGUGUGUUUUAACAACUAAAAUGUGUAUAUAUUAUCAAGAUUAAACUCACAAAGUCGCAUUUCAACUAUACAUCUUUGCUGGAAGUGGGUCCUAAAGAUGUCAGCUGUAAAUAACACUGUUAUAACAACUAUAACUACCACCAUUCUCACAGUAUGAGGAAGAAAUCCAUCGAGGAGGAUAGGUGCACUCCUCCCACAAUCAGCAGCUCCAAUCGUCUGUCACGGUUUCUCCCCAGCUGUGAGUCUUACUUUUCUCUUCUCCUGUGUCAAUAAUUUUGUUAAUUCCACCUCUCUUCUCCACCUCCAGUGUCAAUGGUAUUUAUAUGGCAUAGCAAUGGUGUUCACACUCGUUCAACCACAUGCUACAUAACAACAUAACAUCUGAAAGUAAUUAUUUUUACUUUCUUCAACAAUGAUUUGAAUUCUCAAUCAACCCUAUAUACUCUUCUUACUUCUUUCUCUCUCUCUCUCUCUCUCUCUCUCUCUCUCUCUCUCUCUCUCUCUCUCUCUCUCUCUCUCUCUCUCACGCUCUCUCUCUCUCUCGCUCUUUCUCUCUCUCUCGUUCUCUCUUUCUCCCUCGCUCUUGCUCUCUCUCACUCUCCUCAGCAAUUCUGUACCAGGAGUACUGUGACGUUGCAAUCAACCGAGAAAUCCAGAGACAGCAGGGUGCUGAGGAGGAGGGGCUAAGGGUGAAAGGGGCUGGGGAGAUCCCAUCUCCGUCCAAUCUUUCUCCGUCUAGCUCCUUUCGCUCGUCACAAGGCUCCACCUUCUCCCUGUGGCAGGACAUCCCUGAUGUCCAGACCAGCGAUCAGCUGGACAACUUCAGCAACGAGGAGCGCAAACUACAGGAGGUGAGAGCAUGAGGAUGACAUCAAGCCAGAUUAGGAUUUAGGCAGCACUCAUAGAGACGGAUAGAAGUUGUGCAUAUCUUUUAUGGAAAGUGCACCCUCUAUCCAUCUCUAUGGCAGCCCUACAGGCUUUAAGCAUAUCCAAUUAGCCAGCCAAGUUGAUUUGUUUCAUCUAUGUGAUGGAUUACCUUUUUUGUGGGUUAACAUAUUUUGACAUAACAUUUGUGGUCAUAAAAUUAUAUUCAUGAUUUUAUUUUAACCCUGUGUUUCCCCAUAAUGUCUCAUGAUAACAUCAUGAUUUUGAUACUUAUUUAGAUAAAUAAAGCAUCAUGCUUUUAAUUGUGAGUGAGAGGUUAUUGCUUCCUAAAGGCCCAUAAUGUAUCCUCAUCACAGGCCAAGUUUGAGCUAGUGACGUCUGAGGCGUCGUACAUCCGGAGCCUGGCCAUCGCAGUAGACCACUUUAUGCUGUCCCAGGAGCUGGGGGAGUGUCUGGGGACCCAGGACAGACAGUGGCUCUUCUCCAAGCUCCCAGAGGUCAAGGACGUCAGUGAGCGGUACAGUAUAGUAACAUGACACUGAUGGGAGAGUAAAUUGCUUGAAUGCAUGUCAUGAGAUUAUUUCUGUUUUUUUCUGUCUUGUUAUUUCGCUCCGUUUUUUUUGUUCUGUUUCUCUUACUUUCAGCAUCUCUCUAUCUCGACCACUCACUCUUUCUGCUCUGAAUUUGUCACUUUCUUUGUUUCUCUGUCACUUCCUCUCGCUCUCUCUUCCUCUCUGUCUAGGUUCCUGCAGGACCUGGAACACAGGCUGGAGGAGGACAUCUUGCGUUUUGACGUGUGUGACAUCGUCCUGGCCCACUGUCCCGCCCUGCGCAGGGUCUACCUCCCCUACGUGACCAACCAGGCCUACCAGGAACAGACCUAUCAGCGCCUGUUGUGAGCAGUCUUACUUUGUGUGUAUUUCUAUUUGACUUCGUUGCACAUUUGAGACUGUAAGUAUGAUGCUUGAAAAUUACUGUACGUCGCUCAGUGCCUAGUACACACACUUAAAUAGUUGCUUUAUACAUAUGGAUUGGGAGGUUAACCCAUAGAGGGUGUGCAGGUUUCUGUUCCAGCCCUGCACUAACACACCUGGUUCAACUAAUCAACUAAUCAUCAAGACCAAGUGUGUUAGUGCUGGGUUGGAACGAAACCCUGUAGCUCUCCAGAAACAGGGUUCGUGACCACGGAUAUACACUACAUUUCCAAUCCAUACCAGUGAAGGUUUUCCGACUAUGCUGCUAGAUUUUAGUGUUUUAUAUUUUCUCUGUAGACAGGAGAAUGUUCGCUUCCCAGGUAUCCUGGCUCGUUUGGAGGAAGACCCCAUCUGCCAGCGUCUUCCCCUCGCCUCCUUCCUCAUCCUUCCGUUCCAGAGGAUCACACGGCUUAAGAUGCUGGUGGAGGUACGAUAUAGAGCACCCCUGUUCACCAUAAAAUUAAACUAUUCAUGACUGGCUGUAGGGACAGAACAUUACUACCUUACAUCAAGUUACAGACCAGCCAAUAGGCCAGUAUACAGCAGUAGGCUUUGCAGUGCCCUAAGGUGAAGUCCAGAUCCAAAAUGUUCUAUCUUCCUUCUAUCUUAUAGAAUAUCCUAAAGAGGACAACACCAGGCUCUAGAGAUGAGGACACAGCCACCAAGGCCUUCAAUGAACUGAAAAAGGUAACAGAAAAUAUACAAUAUACUUUACGCACACAUUUUUGUGGUCACCCUCCCUUUACAUUUCUCACUGCCGAUCGUGAAUGAUCAUUCUUCAAGUUUUACCGGUAAAACGUCCAUGGAGCAUCUGCAUGCCAACCAUUUGAUCUCAAUCAGUUUCAUGGUAAUAUGCAUUUGGGUCUUCUUGAGUUAUGUAUGGUGUUGUUUCGAAGUACAGUGUUGUUUUGAAAUUAUGAACAGUGAGGAAAUGUUUGAGUAGAUGAUGUUAAUCUACCCACAAUACCCCAUAAUGACAAAGUGAAAACAGGUUUUUAUACAUUUUUUAAAUGAAUUAACACUAAAAACAGAAAUACCUUAUUUACAUAAGUGUUCAGACCCUUUGCUAUGAGACUAGAAAUUGAGCUCAGGUGCAUCCUGUUUCCAUUGAUCGUCCUUGAGAUGUUUCUACAACUUGAUUGGACUCUACCUGUGGUAAAUUCAGUUGAUUGGACAUGAUUUGGAAAGGCACACUUUGUCUGUAUAUGGUCCCACAGUUGACAGUGCAUGUCAAUGCAUAAACCAAGCCAUGAGGUCGAAGGAAUUGUCCGUAGAGCUCCCAGACAGGAUUGUGUCAAGGCACAGAUGUGGAGAAGGGUACCAAAACAUUUCUGCAGCAUUGAAGGUCCCCAAGAACACAGUGGCCUCCAUCAUUCUUAAAUGGAUGAAGCUUGGAACUACCAAGACUCUUCCUAGAGCUGGCCGCCCUGCCAAACUGACCAAUCGGGGGAGAAGGGCCUUGGUCAGGGAGGUGACCAAGAACCUGAUGGUCACUCUGACAGAGCUCUAGAGUUCCUCUGUGGAGAUGGGAGAACCUUCCAGAAGGACAACCAUCUCUGCAGCACUCCACCAAAUACGCCUUUAUGGUAGAGUGGCCAGACGGAAGCCACUCCUCAGUAAAACGCACAUGACAGCCCACUUGGAGUUUGCCAAAAGGCACCCAAAGGACUCUCAGACCAUGAGAAACAAGAUUCUCUGGUCUGAUGAAACCAAGAUUGAGCACUUUGGCCUGAAUGCCAAGCGUCACAUCUGGAGGAAACCUGCCACCAUCCCUACGGUGAAGCAUGGUGGUGGCAGCAUCAUGCUGUGGGGAUGUUUUUCAGCGGCAGGGACUGGGAGACUAGUCAGGAUUGAGGCAAAGAUUAACGGAGCAAAGUACAGAGAGAUCCUUGAUGAAAUCCUGCUCCAGAGCGCUCAGGACCUCAGACUAGGGCGAAGGUUAACCUUCCAACAGGACAACGACCCUAAACACACAGCCAAAAUAAUGCAGGAGUGGCUUCAGGACAAGUCUCUGAAUUUCCUUGAGUGGCCCAGCCAGAGCCCGGACUUGAACCAGAUCGAACAUCUCUGGAGAGACCUGAAAAUAGCUGUGCAGCAACGCUCCCCAUCCAACCUAACAGAGCUUGAGAGGAUCUGCAGAGAAGAAUGGGAGAAACUCCCCAAAUACAGGUGUGCCAAGCUUGUAGUGUCAUACCCAAGAAGACUCGAUGCUGUAAUCGCUGCCAAAGGUGCUUCAACAAAGUACUGAGUAAAGGGUCUGAAUACUUAUGUAAAUGUUAUAUUUCAGUUGUUUCUUUUUAAUAAAUGUGCACAAAUUUCAAAAUCUGCUUUGUCAUUAUGAGGUAUUGUGUGUAGAUUGAUGAGGAAAAAAACAAUGUAAUCAAUUUUAGAAUAAGGCUGUAACGUAACAAAAUGUGGAAAAAGUCAAGGGGUCUGAAUACUUUCCGAAGGCACUGUAUUUUGCCGCAUGAUAAAAAAAGAAGAAAUUAGGUGGUGUUUUUUGUCUUACAGUAACGUUAUACUAUGCUAUUAUAUUCGGUUAUGUUAUGUAGAAUAUUAUAAUUAUGUGAUCUUGCAGACAUUGAUUCAGCUUUGAUUAUUAAAUAAGCACCAUUCUCCAUUCAUCACUGAAAUUUGCCAAAGUAGCCUGUUCUCUGAGCAGCCAAACAAGCAGAGCAGAGACUGUGAGUAAAGUAGAGAAUCCCGCACAUGCGCAGAAGCUUCAGAUUUUUUGCUAUCGGGAAGAGGGUUACGAAGAAUUCGGAACUGCGGCCACUCCUUAUACCAAAGGUUGAAGUGAGGCCAAUUUCUGGUCAUAAACCAUAUACAUUGCAUAGACAUAGACAUUGCAGCGCAUUUUGGAGAAAUUAUUAAACUUCUGUCUAAUAGGCUAUUGUGCCCAAAAUGCUGAAAUAACUGUUCAUAUCACACCAGCUUAUAAAGGAGUGUAACUCCAGUGUGCAAUCAAUGAAGAGGAUGGAAGAGCUCAUUCACCUCAAUAAGAAGAUCCACUUCGAGGGCAAGGUAGAUGAAAACAUCACUCAUUAGGAACAACCUCAUUCAUUCUCAGUACACCUACUGUAUGUUCAUGUAUUUUCCCCUUUCCUCUAUCUAUUGCUGGAUUGGUUUUGGACAACAAAGAAUCCUAUUUCUUACUGCCACAGUAAGGGUUAACCCUGUAAUGUUUGCCCAUUGUAGAUCACAAGUAAAGAAACUACAUGCCUCUAAACCCAGUAAUAAUUCCUUAACUGUUCAUUCAUGCUCAUUAAUAACAUACAUCUCCCCCUUUUAGAUAUUCCCUCUGAUCUCGCAGUCUCGCUGGCUGGUCAAACACGGAGAACUGCUGGAGGUGGACACACAGACCAUGAGUAUUUCUGGGUCAAAGUUCAAGUUGCCCACAAGGCCUGUGUAUCUGCAUCUGUUCAAUGACUGUCUUCUGCUGUCCAGGAGAAAGGAGUGAGUACUAAAUAUGUACAAUGUAGAGGGAGAAUAGAAAAAAACAAUGUGUUUUAUAUUUAUGGAGUUAUGCUAUGCUAAGGUAUGCUAAGCUAUGCAUGGCACAUAGCAUUAUGUCCUAAAAGCUGGUUGAUUGAGUGAUGCAUGGUGUAACAGUUUUGCUACCAUCCCUCUCCUCGCCCCUACCUGGGCUCGAACCAGGGACCCUCUGCACACAUCGACAACAGUCACCCUCAAAGCACCGUUACCCAUCGCUCCACAAAAGCCGCAGCCCUUGCAGAGCAAGGGAAACAACUACUUCAAGGUCUCAGAGCGAGUGACGUCACCGAUUGAAACGCUACUAGAGCGCACCACUAACUAGAUAGCCAUUUCACACAGGUUACAAUGGCAUACAUUGACAAAUUAUUGUCCUUGGUCUGUCUGCAGCACGUGGAAGUUCAUGGUGUUUGUUCACGCUAAGAUUGGGCAGCUGAAGGUGAAGGACCUCAAUCAGAAGCUCCAGGGCAUCUCAGGCUUCAUCUUCCACCUGCAGCUGUGUGAGGGCCAGCAGCUCAAACACCAGAUCCUGCUCAAGGCCCACACUGAGUGAGCUAGUACACAUACCACUAUCAAUCACGAUCAUGAUAUGUAAUGGUAGUGAUAAUGUAAGAACUGACAACCUCUACAUGGGUUUUCCUUCUUCCCAGGAGUGGGAAACAGAGAUGGAUCACGGCCAUGUUCCCGUAUGAUCCAUUGGAAGACAUUGAGCAGGCCAGUGAGAAUGAUGGUGAGUAGCUACUUUAUCAGUAGUCUGCAUAAGCAAUCACAUGUUGCAGUGCAGUUGAGUAUUUCAAUAACUUAUAGACCAACCUCGGUCAUAUCACUGAGUUUCUAUUGUUUAAUUUACUGUAACCUGGAAAAUAUUGCAUUAUGUUUUUUAAAGUUUAAAAAAAUUGAUUUUAACAGCAGUACACCUUUUUCAUUAAUUUCGACACAUUUGGUUGUUUCUCCACUCAGAUCUUUCUCAAGUUCAAUGCAUCAAGAGCUACCAGGCCCAAGAGCAUGACGAGCUAACAUUGGAGAAGGCUGAUAUUCUUCAAGCCAAGACCAUUACAAGUGACGGUGAGACACUCCGCUUGGUGACAUCACGUUAAACUCUAUCAUCAUGAGUAUAAACUUUAAAGGGCAACUUCAAUAAAAUAAAAACACUUGACAUUUUCUCCUUUACCCUUAAAGUAGUUCAUAAGACUUUUCUAUCAUAUGUCAAACCCAAAGUUUGAGUCUAAAACACGUAGACCACCACAAGUGAUAGCUGUGUUUUCGUUUGCUGAGGUUGUCGUGUAUUGUAUAUCCACAGGUUGGGUGGAGGGCAUUCGGCUGUCAGAUGGGGAGCGGGGCUGGUUCCCCAAAACCAACGUGGAGGAGAUCACAAAUCGCAGUGCGCGUCUCCGCAACCUCAGAGAAAACAUUCGCAUCAAGUGUGUCACACAGAAACUGGAGGAGGAGCACUUUUAAGUGUCCUCGCCACCCUGCAGCUUUUAAUUUACACUUGGAAUGUCCAAUCGUAACAGUGUAGCAACUCUCAACCCCAAGUAUCUAUAAGACCCAGCUUUUACGCAACACCAGUUAUACAAUAGCUGAGUAGUUUUAGGUGAUCUGGAUGUGGGAGCUUUAUUUAGUCUGCAGGUGCCAAAGACUUGGCAUGUCUUGACCAUAAGCAAUAGGGUUAAGUAAUAUGGUUUUCCAGCUGCAUAGCAGUAAUUUCCUUUCACACAUGCUUGCUAUGACUGCAUAUUCAACUACUGUAAAACAACUACUGGGACAUCAGAAAUCAAGUGUUUUUCUUUGCCCCCAAGCACUGUAAUUGUCAUCUUAAAGAGUCCUCUCAGCAUCAGGAAUAAACACAAUUUCAGACAUACUGUACAUUCAAAGCAUGACUAGCCUACUAAUUUACUAAUGCAAAAAGUAAAUUUCAACAAAACAUUGAGAAUUACAGAGUUUGUACAUCUUCCCUGUGAUUUGACAGUGAGAGCUGUUUACGCGUAGACAAAAAUUAAGAUGUAAGCACAUAAUAUUAUUGACCAACCACUACUACCAUCUACAUGUAGAUGUACACCAUUCCAGUGGCACAUUAUUAUUAUUAUUAAUAAAUA